UUUAAAAAUUUAUCAAUAGCGAAAAAUGGCUGAGGGCGAUAAUUCAACAAACGGGCUUUAUGAUCUUAUACGAAAAGAGAUGAACUCAAUUAUCAACGAAAUCGGCGAGGAGUCCAAAAAGAUGAAUGCAACAUGCAGCACACGCUUAGAGAUUGAAGGGGACGCAGAUCAACAACAGGAACAGCCCAUACAUAACUCCGAGAAAAUAACAACUUCAGACAACAUUCCGCUAACAGGCACAACAGAUACUAAAAUUAAAAAGGAACAUCUUCCGACAUUACUCUCUACAAAGCUAUUGCAACUUCCUAGAGAGGAAACUCAAAGUGCAGCUAUCGACACUGAUCUACAAAAUAUGCGUUGUGAUCUGCAACAAAGUUAUGAGCUUUUCCUAACGAUGGGCGAAAGAUUCCAAGCCAUCAAUUUCAGUUCACUCAAAACUCGCAUUAAAGAUAUGCACCUCGCUAAAAAUGACCGCACUGUUUCACUAGAAGACGAAAUUAAGGAAAUAUUACAAAUACAUUACAGGAAUAAUACGCUGGACAAGUUGACAGUAGAAAUGGGGGAAAAAUUCCAACGGCAUCCUGGAGAAUUCGGUAACAUACCAGAGUUGAGUGAGUUCUUUCAAACAUGCACACAACUACAGCACGGUCUAGAGCAGCUUAAAAGACAACGUCAUUCGGUUGACGAAAUGGCGAAACGCCUUUCCCGUGCUACGGAAAUAUCAUAUGCACGCAUCGAUGAUAUAAACAAAACAAUGAUGUCUAGACAGCCCGGCCAAGAUUCAGAGCUCAAAAAUUAAUGGUUUAUUAUUAUAUAUUAUAUAUGUACUUCAAAUGUUUUUUGAUCAUAUAUAUGCCGAAAUAUGUUUGAAGUGGUUUAUUUCACGUUUGCUUAAUGCCCUUGUGGUUUUGUGGGGUACGGUUUAGUUAUUUCUACGAUUUUAGGUUGCUGGGCCCGAACGCGUGACCCGAUCAAAACCCUUGUAGAAAAGAGU